GGAUCUUGAAGGACUGUCCUCAGGGCAAGGAAGGACUAGGGCUGCACCCUGUGUAUUUGCAGACUCGCCUGAAACCCUCUCCUAUUCACUCAAAGGACCAUAGUCCCAGGGAAAUGGGAGGCCAAGGAAGUGCACAGACCUACUGGAACUGUCCCUGAGCCCAGGAUAUCUCUGAGGUCCUCACGCAGGCCAGCCUGGCUCCCUGUCAGUGCUUCCCCUGUAACAGGGCACUAGAGAGGCCAGGCAGUGUCAGCCGGACCCUGGAGAACACAGCAGGAGGUUGCGGUGUCUUGGAGAGCCAGGGACCAAGGCCAGAGAGCUGAGCCCGCAGGGAAGCUCCAGGCAGAAACAGGUGAAGGAGCCGUCCAGGGCAGCCUGGAGCUGAAUGCCAAGGCUAGUCCCACAGUGGGCAGGUCUUCCCAAUGCUGCCAGGUUCUCUGAACAGCUGGAAAAUCCCUAAGGGCAACAGGACCUCAGCUCUGGGUGGAGACAUGAGCCCACCGUGUGUGUGAGGCACACACAGGGCCUCAAGGACAUCUGUUCACCGAGGGUUGGCUGAUUCCUCCAGUCCUCAGAUGUGACCAGCCUGCAGGGAGGAGGCUGGUCUAGUCCCGCCGCAGGGUCCACGUGCUCUGUCCGUGGGCAUGAUCCUCUCUGGUGCAGCAACACCCCCACCCCUAGAACCAUAAUCACGGAGGAGCUCCGAGGGGCCCAAGAGCCUCAGCACACCACUAGGUCCUGCAAAGCCCUCGACCUGAGGAGCCAGCACCAGGGUAGGCCCCCGCGAGGGGAGGAGAAGGCAGAGACAGGUGAAGGAGCCGUCCAGGGGAGGAGAAGGCAGAAGCCACAGGGAACCUGAACAACCCGCCCCCACCCUGCCCCCAGCAGUGGCUGCUCCUGGGUGCGAACUCAGACCUGCCUCAGCCCAGUGACUCCAACCUUUGCUGGGAAAGAUGCCACAGAAGAGGUGAUUUCCUUGAGCCAAAUCACACUCCAAGAGUGUCCCCAAGCCCAUGGUGGGUCACCGCUCAGAGGGAAGGGGUGUCCCAGUGCUCCUGAGAGGCUGUCAUGGAGCCGUCUCUGGGACAGGAAACCACAGCCCUGAUUGGCAGGACCCAAGAACCAGUCCCUCCCUUGGUGACCUGGACCCCUUCCCAGCAGCUGAUUCCAGCCAUCUGGUGCAAAUGCCAUGCUGGUCCAGACACCAUCCAUUACCCAUCAUCACACCCAUCCAUUACCCGCUAGGAAGGACAGCGUGGACCACCAGAGGAGCACACCUGGGGUCAUAUUCUCACUGCUCAAGUGCUCCAUGAGUAUGCAUUGAGCACCUGCUGUAUGCCAGGCACAUGCAUCAGAAGGAUCCAUGAACAGAACAGCCCUGCCCUCCUGGGGCUCCCACCCUGUGGGGGAGACACCAGGAGCAGGUGAGGAUGUGAGCAAUCGGUUCCACAGAUGAUCAGUGUCGAUUCUCUGUGCAUGAAAGAAGGACAGACAGAGAGACAGAGACAGGGAGAGAAGCGACGGACACAAGGGAGAGUGGUCUGCUUUGGCUGGGCAUAGGUGGUCCCCCAAUCAGAUGAGGACAGCACCAGCGGCCACUCUGCCCUCCACCCCUGGCCAGCCGUGGACUCUGCUCAGGCCCGCUCUUUACUUUCCAGGGCGAAUCACCAACCCCAGGUCCAGGUUAAAACUCCCCUUCAGCCAAGGACCUCGGGGCUCGCUGCAUUGAGAUGAUUCUCCCAGCCCCAUCUCACCGGUACAGCCUCCCCCGGGGGUGCCUCCGCCAGCCAGCAGAGCCUGCCUUGGUCAGCACCACUGUGUCUGUUGGUCUCUCUGCCGCAGACCCCCUGGCUGCUCCCAUCCCAGACUCUCCAGGCUCACCCUCCUCUGGAGCCAUCAAUCAACCUGGGUGCAUUAGACUCCUGCAAAUUGUUCCUACAGAAAGCGUCACUGUGGGGGAAGGAGCUGUGGGAUUCCCACACCCCCACCUGGCCCUGGGGAGGGUGUCUUCUCUCUUAUGUCUUGAAGCAAAAUCCCAGGAGGGGUCCUGGCCCACCAUGGCCCAAACAGCAGCUGCUGCUCAUCACUGACACCCCUCCUGGCACGGGUCCACCCCAGGGUCAGUGUCCCUGUGCCGGACCCUGGGACAGCUUAGGCAUCCUCCUCAGAAGGUCAGCUCCGAACUGAGAUCCCAAACCUCAUGAUGUGGGGGCCUUACUGCACCCAGCACAGUCCAGGGGUGAGUGUGAGGUGCUCCUGGACCCCAUGUGCCAAGGGAGACCAAGGACAAGAACACUGAAGACAAGCACCCCGAGGACCAGUGUCCCGAGCAAGGGUUAGGGUUGGCACAUGCACCUCAAAAGCUCUCUGUGACGCAGACACUUCCAUCCCCUUCCUUCACAGAUAGGGAGUGGUUCCAAGAGGUUAGGUCACUUUUCCAGGGUCACAGAGCAAGUAGGCGUCAGGGCUGGGGUUUGGACCCAUGCCGCGUCCGGCCAAAGGAGCCGAGUCCGGCGAGGGACGGCGAGGUUAAAAGACACAGGACACCAGGGUUCUUCAUCCAGGAGAGAGAGAUUUUAUUUCCCCCCCUUUAUAUAUCCUCCCACACUCAGGGUUAAGCACACACACACACACUCUAUUCUGCAGGAAGCGGUCUCGGGCAGCCUUAAGCAAACUAGGUCAGGUUUUGCAGGUCGGUCAUGCAAGGCCCAGCUGGGCCAACUAAUCAGCAAGUACAAUCUGUCCCAGGCUCUCAUGAGGGCAGAUAAACAGGAAGCCCACAAGGCUGACAGGAAGCCCACAGGGCUGAUUCACGCUUCAGUGGUACUCGCCUCCACAUGCGGAACAAGGAACAGGAAACUUAUUCCUGUUCCAGGGCCAGGGGCUUCACCACAGACCCAGGCCCUCUGCCUCUGGAAUCUUAGUUACCUGCUCUGAAGGCCUAAUUCUGAGCUGUGAUUCCAGCUGUUGGCCGCCUCCCCCAGGAAGCGGCCCUCCUCUUCCCCCUGUAGAAGGGAGCGGCACUCAGCCAGGACGCCUGUCCACCAGAACUCCCAGCACGAGCUAGGACUCUCCUGUCCCCACUGGGGGAAAGGCUCCUUCCAGAAUGACAAGGUCAUGGUGACAUCCCCCAGAGAUGUCGGUGUGCUGAGUCCUGUGCCUGAAUGUGGCCUUAUUUGGAAACAGGGUCUUUGCGGGGGAUCAAGCUAAGGUGGUUCUUAAUCCAAUAAGACUGUGUCCUUAUAGUGGGAGAGGCUGGACGGAGGAGGCUGGCAUGGUGGAGGCCUAGAAGAUUCUUCCCCUCCACCUUAGCAGGAACCAACCCUGUGACACCAUCCUUGGACCUGCAGAACCCAGCGACGGGGAAAAUGAACACUCGCUAUUCCAGCCACCUGAUCCUUGGUACGUCCUUACAGCAGCCCCAGGAGUUCAACAGACCGUGGGACCAGAGCUUCCAGGGCCAGCCGAGGCCCGUGGAAACCCACAAGGUGAGUCCACCAGCCACCAACCCAAGUGCUCUGCAGACCUGCCUGGGCCUGGCACCACACAGUCCCGAGGAGCCACCAACUCACCUGAGGCAGAGAAGCCACAGCCUGCAGACCCCAGGAGCAAGAGCUCCCUCCUUCGUCACCACACAGGCCUGAGCUGGGGCACCCUGAGCCUGGACCCAACCCUGCUGGCGUGAGGCUCCAGAAUCCCUGUACGCCCCUGCGGCAGGGGAACAGAGGUGGGUACACAGACCUGAAGGGCUGGGCCCUGCUCACAGCAUGUGGGAGGCCAGGUGGCUCACACAUCAAAAAACUGGAGACAGCAAAUGUCCCUAGAAUUCAUAAGGUGGGGCCACUGCCCUGGGCCUCAGGAAGCAGUGUCCUAAACUCUGAACUGCGUGAACCGCCCCAGAGGACUGGAGGGAGGACCUGCUGCCAGGGAAGGCUGUUCUUGCUGUUCCCGGAGGGGGACCGACAGCCCUCCCCUGGGGCCAGGAAAUAGUCCCUACACCUACAUCCUGAGCCCUUUGCAUCAAACACAAACUGCUGUGUCCUUUGACUGUGUCCCAAUCGAUCUGCUGCCAGGCAGCCUGUUUGUGGGGCCCUGCAAGAUGCGUGGACAAGAUGCGGAGAAGCCAGCAGGAUUCUGAAUUUGAGGUUCUAAUCAGAUGAUGGAAAGAAAAGCUGACACUGAUUGAAAAGUUUCUGUUUGGAUUCGGUUUGCCAUCUGACCACACAGCAAGCCUGGAGGUGUCAUUAAGAAAGAAAGCGCUCAGAGCUGAAGGAGCAUGAAUAUUUGCAAAUUCCACGCAGAUUCCACUUUCUCUAAGCUCCUUAAAGAGCCAUUGGGCAGAAGGAGUGUUCAAUUACAGCGAUUGUUCACACCCAUGUUCCCCAAAAGGAAUGGCGUCAUUUUCUCAAGUUCACAGGGGUCUGGCCAGGAGGCAACCCUGGAGUCUCCAUACAGUCUCCCAAGUCCUGAGCCUGCCCCCAACUCAUGGUGGAGCCACCCCCACCCUGGCAGCCCCAGCUGCAACUGGGAAGCAGUUGGUGACACCAUGGAACUGAAAUGCAUAGAGUUCAGCCAGACCCAGAACCUCCAUUUCACAGGGGAGCCGGCUGAGGCCAGGGGGGCGAGACCACAGGCCAAGUCAGCAGAGGCCAAGCCUGGCCUGCUCCCUCCCUGCACAGCUAAGCAAGACAGACACGCUGCCAGGAAAUCCUGCCUCUCACUGAACACCGGGGUGACUGAGCCAAUGGACGCUAGCCCAGCUUGCCGGGGGUCCUAGUGAUGUGUCCGUGGGUGUGGGCCCCCAGCACAAGUCCUGCAAGGGAACCGAGCCCUGUCCAAGGGAGGACACAGCCAGAGCACCCUCUUUACUGGAUGCUAAGCCAAGGGUCUGAUUGGCCUUUGGUUUUUCUUAAACAGGACCCUGCAGCAGGAGCUACCAGGGGCCACACCAGCCACUCCCUGAAGGAGGGUUUGGACAGCUGGAGGGUGACUCCCUGGAACAGCAGAUGCCAUCCUGAUGGGGACUCUGUGCACUGAGUUGCAAACUUGCCAGGAUCUUCCCCCACUGGCUCAUAGCCUCCGCUCCCAGGGACAAUUGCAUACAGCAUAAAAGCUGCCCACAAAAGAUGACUGGCCAGAGAUGGAGAGGAGCAGGCAGGAGAGGCUCCCCCCACCCUGCCAAGAACAUCGUGUUCUCCACGCAGUUUUGAGCCCAAUUUCAGGCUUGGCACUGUCUCUAGGAAACUCCAAAGAGAAAAAGACAAGAAUCGUGGGCUCAGCCUCUCAGGUCCCCUGCCCAAGGCAGCCACCUCAAACCCAGCUUGUCACAAAAGUGCCUGUGGAGCUUCUCAAGUAUCAGACUAACAAAAAGGAAGGAAAUCCGGUCCCCUCCUGCACAUGGGGGGGACACUCGCUAAGUGAGAGAAACCAGCACCACAGUGUUCUCCCCCCAACAAAGGAGCCCACAGAGGAGAGAGGCCUGGCCGGAGGCCGGGAGGGAGGCCCAGCAGAGGGUGGACGUCAGGGAAAGUAGUGGGAAGGAGGAACAGGGCCUAGGGUUCUGCAGCCGGGUGGGGACUGUGGUUCACACCUUGUGAUCCCCUUCAUGAAGAUUCAGAGCCAGGAGCCAGGACCUCCCAACACAAAGAACUUGUACCUGAUGAAAGAGAUGCAAAGUCUAGCUGCCCUGUAGGUGUGUGUCAAUUCCACACUGCACCCUGUAAGCAGGUGAUUCCUGGGCCUCGGCUGAAAUCUUUGAAUUUUUUUCAAAUCUUACAAAGCAUCGGCCACUUUGCAGGCCACUCCUUCCAUGUCUGUGUCUUCAUUUUUUACAUAAAAAUAGUUUCAUGCCCCUAAAUCCCAGAGAAAAAUGGAUGCCACAGGAGAGGCUUCUUACUCAAAGGGAAAUGAAUGUAGAGGAAGACACCCCUCCCCACCCAACCUCGUCCUCGGUCAGCGGUCAGCAUGUGGACGCAGGUGCCAGAGGCAGCCUCUCAUCUCUGGGUAUCAGAGUCUGUCUGCCUGAGCUCAAGGCUGGGCUCUGCUGCCCUCUUGGGUGAAUGAUUUUGAGGAAAUUAAAUGACUUCUCCGAGCCUCCGUUUAUCUAAGAUAGGGACACCAACAGUGCCCGCUUUGGUGACAGCAGGGACUGUCAGCAUGUUUCAUGCAGGGAAAACGCUCAGACUCGUGCUGUGCCCAGUAAGAACUCAGGGAGUUUCACAGGAAGGGUCAGCCUGUGACGACCCCCGUGGUGGAGUCAGGCUGGCGUGGGGAGGCACCCGGGGGGCUUCCCUGCCGGGUCCUGGCAGGAAAGGUGCCCGGGCCCUGCUGAUCCGCCACCAAAGCCAAACCUGCUGGGGUGGCAGGAGAGGAGAGCCUGGGCUGCCCAGGCUGGUUCCCCGCGGCCCGGCUCCCCACCCCGUCCGUCCCCGGCAGCCAGCUCUUCUGAAGCUGGGAUUUCACACCAGAAGAGCUUUCAACAUGAGUGGCUGGAAGCAUCCCUCUCUCAGCAAGAGCGUGCCAUCGCCAGGCUGCGCCUCUCCCCUUGAGGCUCUCCCCGGCUGGGCUGAAGGAGACUUCAAAGCAUCUCUGAGCACACAGCCUCCCGUCGAGGGCACAGCCCACUCCACGCAGCGCUGGGGAGAGUGGAGACAGGUCCACACUCCACCUGUGCAAAGGUGCAUCCAGGAGCAAUGGCGGCAAGCGGACGCUCCAGACGUCAGACCCCACAGAGGCCGCGGCGGGCUCUGCCCUGCCUUAGGAGCACCAGGCCCAGCCCAGAAAGGCACCCCAGAACUGGCAGGAGGGUGGCAGGAUCUGGAGUGGGUGAGGGAGAUCCGUGACUUGGGAAGACCCCUAACGCAGCUACAGAGGGGCCCUGGGAGCUGGGACAGCCAUUCCCGCCUUUCUGCGACAGUAGGAGUGGAGAGCACCCUGGGUUGCAGGACAGAACCACCAACCCAGCGCCUUCACACAGACAUGGUCUCUGACGGUUCUGCACUGCAGAAGGCCAGCGUGGUCUCACCGGGCGAAAACCAAGGUGCAGGCAGAGCUCGAGCCCUUGGGGUGCCAGGGGAGGACCCCUGCCCUGCCCUGUCCAGCUGCCUUGGCUGCUGGCCCCACUCUGCCUCCUCGAGGCAGCAGCACAGCCUCUCUGACCCUGUUCUGCCAUCAGCACCGCCCUUCCUCUGCCUCCCUCUUCCACGAUGAGGCCCUGGGGAUCCCUCUGCUCCAGGUGGCCUCCCCAUCGAGGCUGGCUGACAGCAGCCUCAUUCCUGGUGCAGUCUCACACCCCCCUUGCACGUGGCUGGGUCCCUUUGCAGUCUCUAACCCAAGAGCGUAGCCUGGGAAGCUUACAAACAGCCAAGAUGGACUUCCUCACAGUUCCACAGGUUGGAAGCCAAGAUGGGGGCAGGGGCAUUGGUGUCUGGUGAGGGCUGCAUCCUCCAGGGGCAGGAGCCCUGCCACCUCACGGGCAGAGGCAGAAGGGCAAGAAUCCCCGCCCUUUCUGGGGGCUCCUAGCCAGACUCGGAGGGGAGGAGCCCUGAGGGCUGACCCCCUGCAGGCCUCCCUCCGCCCAGCCCCGGCACACCUGAAGUUUGGAGAGGCACAUUCAAACCCUAGCACCAUGAACCAGACACGGUCACCCUGGGCAUCAACUGCGACGUCUCUGGGCGCCAAUAUUCUUCCUGCCAGUGUCCAGUGGCGCCGAUGAGUGACAAGAGCAGUAAACACUCAGGUAGCGUCAUUGCCCGCCAGGAGCUGUGCCCCGGGACUUAGAUACAUCUGCGGAGUCCUCUCACUGGCCCUGCACAGGGUGAGCACAGUCUUCCCCUCAUGUGCAAGGGAGCAGAGGCUCUGGAGACCAGAGAGUUUCUCCGUGGUCACUGGGUGCUGGCAUCAAGCCCAGGACCCACCCUGUGCAGCUGCCCUUCACCCCAGGUGCUGAGGAGCAAGCAGCACUCAGGAGCCGAGGUCCAGCCUCGGACUCAGCACUGAGUCCAGCCUGAGCCAACCACAGCCCACGUGGAAACGCGCCUGGCUUGUCCUUGGGUCCUUGGAGAGCCGGAACAGGCUCAGUGACAAGCACCCGCCCCAUGGUGGGGGGCCAGGAAAACCUACACACCCCAGAAGACAGACACCCCACACCUAGGCAGCAGGAGGCGGGAGGAAGCCGUGAUCAUCUAUCUCCCCGCAGAGCAGCCCCAGGCUCUGCACCGCAGGGCGGGGACAUCGCACUUCAGGUGGCGGCUCUGGAGGCGGCUCCGCCACACACUUGUCACUGCUCCAGGCCAACUGCUAAAAUAACUUUUGGGUUGUUAUUACCAAGUAAUGGAUGUUUAUUGCAGGAAUGUUAGAAACUGCAGACGAGCCAGGAGAAGGGAAGGAGGGCCACCCGAACCCCACGGCGGCAGAAGUGCCGCCUGGCGCGGUCCACGGCUCCUUGCAGCGAUUUCCUGGUUUGUUUUUCCAAAGCGAGCUCUGACAGUGGGCGGGCGCUUCCUCACGUUGGCAAGAACGCCUCCUCCCCAACUCCUCACGUGUAUGGGGGGACGGCGCCCACCGUCCCCUGCCUCAGCUCCCCGGGGAAUGGGGAGUGGGCGGGGCUGGAACCCGGGUCCAGUGUGGCUGCAUCCCCUGGUGGCCCAGGUGGCAUGUCUGGAGCUCACACAGGAACACACACAGGCACACACCAGGAGGCAGUGUGCAAACCAGGCUCGCAUGCAUGACACGCAUGUACACGCACGUGCAUACGUGUGUAGUGCUCGUAUCUGUACCCACAGACAUGUGCACACGCAAAGACACACACACCUGGCUCCUCCUCUCCCCGAUGGCAGGCUCCUGCCAGCUGCCCUGGGGCUUGCACCCCUCCACCUGCCACUCAUGGGUGGCCUGGGCAGCCUGGACACGGACAGAUAUGACAUUGAAGGGGGAAAAGAGGCCUCCUGUGGUCCUAGGCUAGGCCCUCCUUCCCCUGCUCGCUGACCCCACCUCAGUGGACCACAGGCCCAGGUCCAGCCAUGGAUACUCUGAGCCCUGCCCCGUGCACACUCCUCCAUGGGUGCAGUGUCCUGCUGAGGCCACCUACAAGCCCAGCUUCUGUCUGGUGAGAACUCCCUCCUGAGGCCCUCAUGCCCCUCCUGAGGCCCUCAUGCCCCUCCUGUGGGAAGCUGCACCCUGUAUGUGGGGGAGCCACGCCACCCAUGGACAACAGAUGGUCUCCAGCUGUCCCCUGAGUACAAGCCACACUGAUCAAGGCUGAAGACAGAGCACAGGAGUCCAGCCAGGAAGGACCAGGCCCAGCCCUGGAGGGCCAGGGCACCUGGAGCAGUGAUGGAGGAGCAAGGAGACGGUGGAUGGGGCCAGUAACGUGGGGACCAUGGAUUAGCAAAGAGCAGACUUCCGGAAUCUUACUUAAGGGCGUGAAGAGCCACCGAGAGUUUCUAAAAUGAUGGCCUAGCCAUGGUGGAGGGGUGAGGUGCUGUGGGGACUUUCCAGCUCACGUGUUAACUUUGCCUCGCGGAGCUCCCAAUACCCGACAAGUACAGCUUAGGGGAGGGAAAGUUGAAUUGGGGCUCACAGUCUCAGAGGUUCAGUCCCUAGAUGGCCAACUCCAUUCCUCUGGGCCCAGGGUGAGGCAGCACAGUUUGGCGGAGGGAGUGGAGGAGAACAACUCGGGACAUGGCAACGGGAACCAGAGAGAGCAAGUUCCAUUCACCGAGGACAAAAUAUCAACCCUGUGACCCUCCUCCAGCCAAACCCUACCUACUUAGCUAGCACCCAGUUAACCCACCAGUGGAUUACCCCACUGAUCAGGUUACAGCUUUCAUAACCCAAUCAUUUCACCUCCGAAAAUUCUUGCAGUGUCUCACAGUGAGCUCUUGGGCUACCCAUCCUGUCUAAACCAUAACACACACGUGACCAGUUCCCUGCAGUGGUAGCAGCUGGCAGAACGUCAGUAGCACAACCAGGAUACAGACUCUGACACAGUCAAGGCCCAGGACGCCAUGUCACCACAGGGACCCCUUCUGCCACUCCCUUAUAGCCACGCCCACUUUUCUGUCAUGCCCACAUCCCCCAGAACGUCCGGCAAUCUCAGACCCAUUCCCCAGCUCCAUCAUCUUGUCAUUCCAAGAAGGUGACCUCAGUGGACCCCUGCAGUGUGGCACCUUUGAGGACUGGCUUCUUUCACUCUGUGAUACUCCUUGGAGAUGCAUCCAGUUGUCUCGCACUUUAACAGUUUUAUUACUGGGCAGUAUCCCAGCCUGGGUUGCCACACUUUGCCUAGCCACAGACAGUCAAGGACAUCGGGGAAUUGGAGGUUUGGGCUAUUACAAAGAAAGCUGCUAUAGAAUCUGGGGGGGUGGGGUUCUGUGCGAACAUUGGUCUUCAUUUCUCUGGGAUAAACGUCCAGCAGUACAACUGCCGGGUUGUAUGUAGUCAUGUGUUCAGCUUUCCAAGACACUGCCAGACCCUUUUCCAGAAUGGCUGCGCUAUUUUUACACUCCUACCAGCAGUGUCUGAGAGAUCCAGUUGAGCACCUUCUUGCCAGAAUUGGGUUAUGUCAUCUUUUACAUUUUUAACCACUCUGGAAGAAGGGUAGGGACAUCUCGUUUACCGUGCUUUCCCUAAUGGAUGGCCAAGUCAAGCAACUUUUCAAGUGCUUAUUUGACAUUUUUAUUUCUUCUUUGAGGAAAUGUCUGUCUUUUACCCAUGUUCUAAUUGAACAGUUAUCUUUUUAUUGUUGAGUUCUGAGAGUUCUUUAUAUAUUCUAGAUACUAGUUCUUUGUUAGUUGCUCUCUCCCAUCCUUCUGACAGGUCUUUCAGAGGUGGGAUUGAUUUUGAGGAAGUACAACUUCUCAAUUCUACUUUAGAACGUCUAUGGAUUGUACUUCUUGGUGUCAGGUCUAAGAACCCUGCCUGGCCCUAUAUCCCAAAGAUCUUCCCCUCUGUGUUUUUUUCCCAAGUUUUAUAGCUUUAUAUAUUGCAUUUAAGUCCCUGAUCCAUUCAGUUCAUCUUUGUAUAAGGUGUGAGAUUUAGUCAAGAUUCAAUAUUCAAUAUUUCACCUAUGGAUAUACCAUUGCUCCAGUACCAUCUUUAUUCCACUAAAUUCUUUUUGUACCUUUGUUAAAAAUUAGUUGGGUGCAUUUGUGGGGGUCUGUUUCUAGGUUCUCUCUUCUGUUGCAACAAUCUAUGGGUCUUUCCCCGCACCAUAGUAACACAGUCUUGACGAUGAUAGCUGUAUAAUAAUUCUUCAACGCAGACCGAUUCCUUUCAUUUUAUUCUUUUUCAACUAUGUUUCAGCUACUCUAGUCCUAUUUUUUUCAAAUAAAUUUUAGAAUGAUCUUGGUUUUCGCUACAAAACAUUUUUUAACUGGGAUUUCAACAAUUGUGUUAAACCAGUGUAUACAUUUAGGGAGAGAUUUGGUAUCUUUACCACAUGGAGUCUUCCAAUCCAUGAACAUGGUAUGCCUCUCCAUUUACAGAUCUUUUAUUUAUUUCACCGUAAUUGUGUAGUGCUGUGUUUGUCUAUCUACUAAAGGUUUUUGCUUUGUGCUUACCUUAAGGCUUAUAUAAGAAUUUUAUACCAACAUCAGGAUAUUUUAAAUGAUGAUGACUUAAAUUUGAUCACUUGAACAAAUUCUAUACUUUUACUCAGUUUGAUGACACAUUUUGUAUGUUUUAUAACUUGUGUCCCUUAACAAAUUAUCAUAGCUGUCGUUAUUGAAAUUUUUAAAUUUUUGUGUCCAUAUGUUCUUUCCUAGUAUAUUGGAAUACAAUUGAUUCUUUUUAUGUUUGUCUUUUAUUCUGCAACCCUGCCAAACUCAUAUACUACUUUCAGAAGUUUUUUGUAAAAUCCCUUAAAUAGCCUACAUAGUUAUUGAAAUUUUUUUUAAAAUUUUUGUGUCCAUAUGUUCUUUCCGAGAAUAUUGGAAUACAAUUGAUUCUUUUUAUGUUUGUCUUCCUGCAACCCUGCCAAAUUCAUAUACUACUUCCAGAAGUUUUUUGUAAAAUCACUUAAAUAGCCUACAUUGAAAGUAUCAUCUGCAAAUACAGAGAGCUUAAUUUCUUCCUUUUUAA